ACCUGGAUGGGCGGAAACACUAACCGACAUACUGCCGUGUUUAAAGGAUUCUGUUACAUGUUUUCUGAAAAUAAACUGUCAUGGCCGAACGCCAAAGAUGAGUGUUAUAAAAAUGGCGGCCGACUUGCAGACAUCUUGGACCAAGAGACAACAGAUUUUAUUAAUCAGUACAGAAAACAAACGGGAAUAGCCGGACAUGACGCGUGGAUUGGACUGUCGUGGGACAUGUCAUUAGAUAGAUAUAUAUGGACCACAGGCGCGUACCUGAACUACAAAGACUGGGCAGACGGAGAACCGUCUCCUGUUGGAAUCUACGUGCUCGUGUCUGCCUAUCAUGGCAAAUGGAGAAAUGUGACAGCACUUCUAAAUCGUGGAUUGAAGGAACGGUAUAUUUGCAAAGCUGGUAUUGGUAAGCAAAUACAAAGAUUAUGUUGAGAAAGGUAGCGUAAAGGAGAGGGACGCAGUGAC